GCUUCCUGAUGGUGCUUUAACUUGUCGGCGGUUGUUUUCAACAUCAAACAUCACAUUUCCUCCUUAAAACAAACCAACGGAGCCUCGCGCUGCAGCUGCAGGGAUGCACACGUCGGUGCGUGAAAUCCUCGUCUCUUCAGAGCCUGACUCCUCCUACUUCUUGCGUUUGGACUGGAAGGGGCGGGGCUUAGCUUCAGGCUUCCAGUGCAUGCUGACUGAUGGACAGGCUGCAUGGAGAGGAGCAGUGAGCGAGGCGUUGGUGUGCAGUGAAGCCGAGGAGCUGGAGAUGCAGAUGGAGCGCUACAUCCAGGACCUCCAGCAGGCGCUGACGGCAGCAGAAAGCUCCACCUCCUACACAUUCACCCUGAUGCCUCGUCCACCAGACCGCAGCUCCACAGUGACGCUGACGUACGAGAAGCUGCAGAAGGACCUCUCAUUCAGGUUGGGCUCCGUGGUACUGGAGGCCGUCGCAGAGCCGGUGGAGGCAGUGAGGGAGUUACUGACUCACAGUCUGCGCAGAGGAAACACUCUGCAGCACCACAACCAGAAACUGCAGGAGGAGAACCAGAGACUGAGACGAGAACAGCAACGCAUCGCUGCAGAGCUGAAGCGUUAUGCUGGUGGUAAAGACACCCUGGAGGCAGAGCUGUACUCUCGCUUUGUCGUGGUCCUGAACGAGAAGAAAGCCAAGAUCCGCAGUCUGCAGGAAACCGUCACCUCGCUGCAGGACACAAGGAGUUCUGACAAGCAGAAGAAGAUGAGUCCAGUGAAGUCAGACCAAGCAGCAGGUCAGGACGAUGAAUAUGGAGGCAGCACGGACGAGGAGCCAGAGGAGGUGCAGUCGCCUCCAGCCUCCAGUUUACCAUCCAGGGAGACCUCUACUCCGAGCCCAUUGGAGGACAGCCUGCGUGACAUCACAGAUGUGGCUCCAUCUCGGAAGCGGCGGUUCCGUCAGCUCGGGGCCCUGGGCGCCACGGUCAAGAGAGCGAACCCAGAGACGUCUCAGAUGACCAGCAGCGACUCUGCAGGAUCCAGUAAGCUGCAGACUCCCCAGCGCUCUGCAGAUGCUGCGGCAGCAAGUUCAGCAGUCGAGGACUUGUUUGAGGACUUCUGACUGCAGACCGGUGCCACAUCCCUGUACAGACACAUAAACACAACUACAGCGCUGAGUUAUGAAGACAGGUCAUAUUUUAGACAGAUUGAAUGGACUGGGCGUUUUGCAUUACAGUAUUUAUAUAGAGCAGUAAAAAUAAUGACAGGAUAUGACAGGAUGGGUGAAAAUGGGGUUGUCUGCUAUUGAUUAUUAGUAAUCUAGGACACGAAUAACAAAUAUAUGUUAAAUUAGAACAGACAAAACAAACAGCAUCCCUUCUACAUUUUAGAGAAAUUUUAAACUGAUAUGAUAGUUAAUGAACGAAUGGCCAAAGUUGUUUUUUUUUUUUUUUAAAGCUGUAAAAUGAAUAAACAAAAAUCUGUAUGUAUUUUAAACACUGGAAAUGUUUUGCAUUUGUUGCCUCGUGUAUAGAUUUCUAUAUGCAGUGUUUUAAAUUUUGUCAUUUUAAUAUUUUUGCUAAUAAACUGCAAAACUCAGAGCAAAGUGAUCUCA